AUGAAGGUUUCAAUCGUUGCUUUGGCCUCGGGCCUCAUUUCACUCGCUGCUGCUGGCAGAAGUCCUCAGCAUGUUGGCAAAAAGCUUCCCGAGGUGAAGAGGGACAUUGCGGCUCGAGCACCUCCUGUCUUUACGCAGCCCGAGAAGAGAGCCACCUCUUCUUUCCUGACGAACGCGACAAGCAAAUACGUGGUCAACGGCAGUGCCAUUCCUGACGUCGACUUUGACAUUGGCGAAUCCUAUGCCGGGCUCAUGCCCAUCUCGGACGCCCCGAAUGCGUCGGAGUUGUACUUCUGGUUCUUCCCAUCUUCGAACCCAGCUGCUAGCAAUGAAAUCGUCAUCUGGCUCAACGGAGGUCCCGGGUGCAGUUCUUUGGAAGGGUUUCUCCAAGAAAACGGCCCCUUUUUGUGGCAGUACGGUACAUACAAACCCGUUCCCAACCAGUGGUCCUGGACCAAUCUGACCAACAUGGUCUGGGUGGAACAGCCCGUCGGAACCGGCUUCAGCCAAGGCACCCCUACAGCCACCUCGGAGGCGGACGUGGCUGCUCAGUUCCUCGGCUUCUUCAAGAACUUUGUGGACACGUUCGCCAUGCAAGGCUACACGGUCUACAUCGCCGGCGAGUCGUACGCGGGCUACUAUGUCCCCUACAUUGCCGACGCCAUGUUCAACGCCAACGACACGGAAUACUAUAACAUCAGCUCGAUCCUGAUCUACGACCCGAGUCUGAGCUAUGAUGUGGUGCAAGAAUAUAUCCCCGUCACGGCGUUUGUGGAUUUCUGGGGACCCCUGCUCGACCUGAACGCCAGCUUUGUGGAAAGCCUGCAUAACAUGUCCGAUGCCUGUGGAUACACUGCCUUCAUGGACGAAUAUCUGACCUUUCCUCCCAAGGGGCCGCUCCCCACUCCUCCGAAUGUCGACCUCAACGACUCCACAUGCCUCACUUUUGACGCGGUUGCCGAUGCCGCCGCUUUAAUCAACCCUUGCUGGGACAUCUAUCAAGUCGCUACGACAUGUCCACUUCUCAACGACGUGCUAGGCUUUCCUGGAUCGUUUGAAUACAUUGCAGAGGGCGAAAAAAUCUAUUUCAAUCGGUCGGACGUGCAGAGAGCGAUAAAUGCGCCAGUGCAGGAGUGGGAGGAAUGCACUAGUACGGAUGUAUUUGUGAAUGGGACCGACAAUUCACUGCCAUCCACCCUCAGCGUGCUCCCCGGCGUCAUUGAGCGGGCUGACCGGGUCAUCAUCGGCCACGGCCUGCUCGACAUGAUUCUGAUCUGGAACGGCACGCUACUGGCGACCCAGAACAUGACCUUCAACGGCGCACAAGGCUUCUCGGUGCCGCCUUCGGAAUGGGACGAUUUCUAUGUCCCGUAUCACACCGAAUACCCGAAUCAGUAUGGGACUCUUGCCGGUGCCGGCGUCAUGGGUCAGUAUCACACGGAGAGAGGCUUGACGCUGGUCACAGUCGAUCUGUCGGGCCAUAUGAUUCCUCAGUAUGCGCCGUCGGCGUCGUAUCGGCAGCUUGAGUUCUUGUUGGGCCGGAUACCGAGUUUGGGAACCGUCGGCCCCUUUACAACCAUGCCGUAUGACAGCUAUUAA